AUGUAUUCCGGUCAUACAGAUUUCGUGUUUAAUGGCGUUUUGAACAAGGAAUGGGUGUGGAAAGAUAAUCUGUUUUACUUUCACUCUCUCAAAUUAAAAACAGAGUUUUGUUAUCACAAUGGUUGUGUUAAUACCAUUUGUUGGGAUGACCGUGGUGAAUACAUUUUAUCGGGGUCAGACGAUAGAUGUAUUGCGAUUGCGAGCGCAUUUGCACAGGACACCCAGAAUGACAACGUAUAUUCUCUGAAACUACCUGCAUAUAGUAAUAUUUUCACAGCAAAGUUUCUUCCAUUCUCCGGUGGAAGCGAAAUAGUUGUUGGCUUCAAAUGUGGUUGUGUUGUACACGUCAAUCCCAAUUCUUCUAUUAAGGAUAGUUUGAAAAACGUCUUCUGCCAUGGCUUUGCUGUAUAUGACAUUCUUACAACAAAUGAGAUGCCCACUUGUUUUAUCACACUAUCUCAUGAUCAAUCUGUGACAAUUCUCGACACGAGAGUUUCGACGACUGUACACGAAAAUCAGAGCUGUAGUCGAGGAUGCUUUACUCAUACAAAUUCACCUUGGACCUCAAGGUUUUCUCCUGUCAGUCGUUUGAAGUUCCAGUUUCCAGUGACUGCAGGUGAUGUUCAUCCGUUAGAUGGAUGUCGUUCUAUCGCAUUAGCGACUGCGGAUGGCUUUGUACGUCUUCUUGAUUUCCGAAAGCUAGUCAACACAACGUCUUCCACAGCAGCUAUGGGGGAUUCACCAGUUCCUGUGCCGUUUCGUGUAGCCAGACCUCUUGGUUUACCUGCAAAGUUAAAUUCAAACCAAACGUUCCGUUUGGACUAUGGACCGUGCCACAUUACUUCAGUUAGAUUCGAGCCAAUUUAUGAUAGGAAUACUGCGCAGUUUUUGUUCCCUACUGGUCGGAGGCAGUCCGCGUUUUCAAAUACAGGGGGAAAACAUCUACUUGUUAGCCACAUGUACUCUCCUGUUUUCUUAUAUGAUAUAAAUGCAGAAGAAUCCGUUGAAGAUUCCCAAGUAGCACAACCUGAAUGGCUACCGGAUAGUGAUACAUCAUCUACUGAAUCAGAGUCUCCUGGUUCACCAGAAAGUAGUCCUAUUACAGAUCACAAUAUUCGUCUGACAACUGCUCUUUAUCGCUGGCUUACGAAUCAUCGUUCUAGAACGAGUGUCAACUCGGAGGACGAGGCAGCAAAUGAAUCUCCAACAGCUUCUACAAUUCAUUCAGAAUCAACGGACAGAGAGACUGCUAAUCAAGAUUCUCAACAAAAAAUGAAAUUUCCUAUCGACUAUUUGACAGAUGAUUAUAUUUCUAAUGUCAUGAAAUCCGCUCCCAGAUGUCGUCAAGUAAUGAAAUAUAGUGGCCGUAUAUGUUGCAGCACUGUGAUAAAAGCGUCAACGUUUUGGGGACGGAAUUUUAUUCUUUCGGGAUCUGAAUGUGGUCAUUUAAUCGGUUGGGAUCGUGUUACAGGAAAGCCUGUAAUCGCUAUUAAAGCAGAUGCAUCAGUUGUUAAUCGAAUUAUACCACAUCCCCAGUUACCAAUAAUUGCUGUAAGCGGAAUCGACCGGUCAAUAAAAAUCAUUGAACCAGAUCCAAACGUUUAUGAAGAAAAUGCUAAUGAUGAUAGUGAUGGUAGUGAGUUAUCAGCCUUUCAGAGAGUUGUGAAACAACACGAAGAGGAAGCCGGUGAGUUGUGUCGAACCAAUGAAAUAAAAACGAAACAAAUGCUUAGUUCUGGGAGUACUCAUUUGGAUAGUAUUGCUCGUGUACGGACUAGUAGAGUUGCAAGGAUGAUCUUACUGCGCAUAUUUCAUGGGCCAAACGACUCUACUUCAACAAACCAAACGAACAGAGAUACAAAUUCGUCGGACUGA